CGUUUUCUCAUUACUUGAGUUUCCUCUUAUCAGUCACAAUGACUUUUUAUCAAGACAUUUCCUUGUUUUGUUAUCAGAUAUUUCCUCUAAGCAAGUGACGUGUCCAUCUGCCCUGGUAGGUGGUGGAGGUGUCUUUAGAGCCAUGGUGUAAUAAUAGCUAUCUUUACUUUUGUUUUAACGCUGAGCUCAUAGUUCCUCAGAAGAAAAGCAGCCACAGUCAUCUGUUGACUGCAGAACCGGUUUUUAAAAAACUGAUACAUUUCUUGGAACUGAAGCCUCUGUUGAAUAAACUGGGGACACUGCGGCUAUUCUAGCAGGUGUGGUGGAGCUCCGCCUCCCUGCUCACUCACCUGAAAUUAGCAAGAAUUAUUCCUGCUCACUCCUAUAUUAACACAGCUGUAUUUUGACUUAGAACACACGAGCAGAAACCUACGAGCCUGGAGCUGCUUCAGACCUGACGCUUUACUCAGACUAGAUGGCUUCCAGAUUUGAGGAAGAUUUGUGCUGUCCUGUGUGUCGGGACAUCUUCAAAGACCCCGUUCUUCUGUCCUGCAGCCACAGCUUCUGCAGGGACUGCAUGAGGACCUGGUGGACACAGAAACCAAACCUCAUGUGUCCACUCUGCAAAACGAUCUCUCAGAAUGAUAAUCCACCUUCUAACCUGGCUCUGAAGAACCUGUGUGAGUCCUUCCUGCAAGACCAGGACCAGCGAGCUUCAGAGGCUCUCUGCAGUCUGCUCUCUGAGAAACUCAAGCUCUUUUGUUUGGAUCAUCAGCAGCCGUUGAGCAUCAUCUACAGAGACUCAGGAAAACACGUGGACCACAGCUUUAUUCCUAUUAAUGAAGCUGCGCAGGAACACAGAGAGAACCUACAGAGAAGUCUAAAGCCUCUGAAGGAAAAACUGGAGCUCAAGAAGAAAAUUAAAGAGAAUUUUGAUGAAACAGCAAAACACAUAAAAGUCCAGUCCAAACGCACAGAGAUGGAAAUCAAGAAACAGUUCAAGAAACUUCACCAGUUUCUGGAGGAGGAAGAGGAGACCAGGCUGACAGCUCUGAGGGAGGAGGAAGAGCAGAAAAGUGGUAGGAUGAAGGAGAAGAUGAAGGCUCUGAACAAACAGAUAGAAAGUCUGUCAGAAACUGUCAGAGUUGCAGAGGAGCAGCUGAAGGAUGAAGAUGUCUCAUUCCUGAACAACUACAAGGGUACAGUGGAGAGAGUGCAGCGAUGCCCCCUGCUGGAGGAUCCUCAGCUGCACUCUGGAGCUCUGAUCGACCAGGCCAAACAUCUAGGCAACCUGGCCUUCAGCAUCUGGAGCAGCAUGAAGAAAAUCGUCUCUUACUGUCCUGUCAUUCUGGAUCCAAACACAGCUCAUCCGGCUCUCAUCCUGUCAGAAGACCUGACCAGCGUGAGAGACGGAGGGAAGCAGCUCCCCAACAACCCGGAGAGAUUUGACUACUUCAGCUACGUCCUGAGUUCUGAGGGCUUCAGCUCAGGCGUUCACAGCUGGGACGUCCUUGUCAAAGAGGAUUCUGACUGGGAACUGGGCGUUUUGGCAGAAUCCGAUUGCAGGAAGGGGAACGUCCAGUCUGGGCUGUGGAUUCUGGGAUCCUAUGAGAAUAAGUACUCUGCAUGGUCACCAGCUGCUCUCCACUUCAACUUGGAGGUGCAAAAGAAGCUGCAGAGGAUCAGGGUGACACUGGACUGGGACAGUGGGAAGGUGUCAUUCUUUGACCCUAACACCAACACACACAUUCACACCUUUACACACACCUUCACGGAAAAGUUGUUUCCAUGUUUCAACGUCGACGGAAAACUGGAGGUGUUACCAUGGAGCGUCUCAGCCUCUGUAAAACAGCCGGGAGUGUACUUGUAAUUUCAAAAACAGCUCAUUUGAACCCUUUCAAUGUGAUUCAUUUUAUUUAUGCAGUCGGUUUUUUUUGCAGUGAAAGAAAUUAUAAUUUAUGUAAUUUGGGAGUUUGUUGCAGCAGACAAUUGAGCCAAAAUAGAACACCAUGAGACACAUCUACUCUAGCACUUCUUCAUCAGAUGGAAACAGAUGACAAUGUGUUUACAUUGCCUACAUAUGUAUUUCUAUUUCCUCUGAUUUUAUUUCUGCUGUAAGGAAACCAGUGAACCCUUUGAUGUUUGCUGUCCUUCAGUUUCUUCAGUUAAGCGGUUAACACUGCUUUUGGACAUUCUCUCUGAAAGACAUUAAAGAAUGAAUGGAAAACA